AUGUCACCCCCCGGUAAUGGAAUCUUUGUGGUCCGGGGUGAAAUGUCCACCCUGACGACGGCAAUGCGCCGUGGGUCUCGGUGGAGCUUCAACACGUAUCAGGAUGACGAUAAGGAUGUGCUACUGAAGAGCUUUCAAGAGCUGAAGGAGGUGCUGCUGCAGGUGGAAGAUUUGCGGCUGGUGGAACCGAGCGUAUUUUUGGCCCCAUUCCUCGAAGUCAUCCGUUCGGAAGAGACGACCGGACCGGUCACCAGCUUGGCUCUGUCGGCCGUCAAUAAGUUUCUUUCGUAUGGCUUGAUCGAUCCGACACACUCGACGUUGGCCGCCACGGUGGAAAACAUUGCCGAUGCCGUAACGCACGCCCGGUUCGUAGGCACGGACCAAACAUCGGACGGUGUGGUGCUGACGAAGAUCAUACAGGUGCUGCGGACGUUGGUGCUCAGUCCGGAGGGUAGCGCACUGUCGGACGAGAGUAUGUGCGACAUAAUCUUGAGCUGUUUCCGGUUGUGUUUCGAGCCACGGCUGAACGAGCUUGUGCGCCGGACGGCCGAGAACUCGCUGAAAGACAUCGUGCUGCUGCUGUUUAUGCGUUUGCCACAGUUUGCCGAAGGGGACAGCUUUAACACACUAAAGACGCUCAAGAUGCGCUCGAGCUCGAUGGACCAGUCGGGCAAGCGGCGCAAGUAUAGCAAAACGGGUGCGAAAGAGGAACCGAAACCUCCGACGACCGCGGCGGCGGCACCGGUGGUACCAAAGAUAGUCGCUGGUUCGAUGGUGGAGGAUGCUGCGGGCUCAGGUGAAGAGCCGGUCACGCCGGUAGCGCUGACGGCACCAAAUCGCACCCUGAAGGCUCCUCCGCUGUCCACGACGCCCGCUACUCCGGCCGGAGUGAUCGUCGAUAUGCAGGGAACCAUUUCUCAAACACCCAAGGCAAAUCCGGAUGUAGUGCUCGUUUCGACAAACGAAACACCAAACUCGGGCGAAGCAACUGUUCCCGAAUCUGAGCAGGAGCCGGUGGUUGCUUCCGGCGGUACCGAAGAAGCUGCUCCGAGUGACGCGACCCCGUUCGUAAACUCCGUUGGUGUGCGUUUUACACCUCAACAGCCAGACGAAGAGCUGGCCACGAGUGGCAUCGCUAAUGGCACCACCACAACGCCAGCAUUUUCACACGUUCCCUACGGUUUGCCCUGCAUCCGGGAGUUGUUUCGGUUCCUGAUUUCGUUGUGCAACCCGCUGGACAAGCAGAACACGGAUGUGAUGAUCCACAUGGGCCUGACACUGCUCACGGUCACGUUUGAGGUUGGCGCGGACAGCAUCGGGCGGUACGAUUCGCUGCUCGCGAUCGUCAAGGACGAUCUGUGCCGCAAUCUGUUCGCGCUGCUCGCGACCGAGCGGAUAUCGAUCUUUGCCGCCGAUUUGCAGCUCUGCUUUCUGCUGUUCGAAGCGCUCCGGGCGCAGCUCAAGUUUCAGCUUGAACACUACCUCACGCGCGUGGCGGACAUGAUCGUGAACGACAGUCCGCGCAUCCUGUACGAGGCGCGCGAGCUCGCGAUGGACAACUUGCUGCAGCUGUGGCGCAUUCCGGGCUUUGCGGCCGAACUCUACAUCAACUACGAUUGCGACCUGUACUGCACGAACUUGUUCGAGGAUUUGUCCAAGUUGCUCUCGAAGAACACGCUGUCGGCCACCCAGGCCAUCUACAGCAUCCACACGCUGUCGAUGGAUGCGCUGCUAACGAUCGUCGAGUCGAUCGAGCGAAACUGCGUGCAGGCAAAGAGUGGACAGAAACCGACGUACCUGCGGCACUCGCGAAACAAUUCGUACGCAACCGAUAAAAUUGUACUCGACCACUCGUUGGCCGCAGUGACGGAGUUUGCCCGGGCAUCCGAAGCCGGGUCGGAAGGCCAUGGCGAAGACACGGCCGAAGGUGGCACCACGCUGGCUGCCGGUGAACCGAUGGUCGCCGUGGAGAACAUUAGCAAAUUUCUGCACUCUAGUCAAACGGACCGGCUGCGAGAGCGGGCGACGAGCGACCGAUCGAACGCUGGUGGAGGUGUGGUUCCCGUUGCGACGGUUCCAACGGAAGACCCCGAAGCACCGCCAGUACCGUCGCACGAUGAGCUGGCAGCGAUCAAACGCAAGAAGCGCCUUCUGACCCAAGGAACCGAUCUGUUCAAUCAGCGCCCGGAGAAGGGUAUACAGUUUUUGCAAGAAAACGGUCUCCUCAGUGCGGUGCUCGACCCACAGGAAGUGGCCCAAUUUCUGCGCGCAAACUCCGUGCUCGACAAGAAGAUGAUCGGUGAGUACAUCAGCAAAAAGCGUAACGUGGAGAGCCGCAUCCUGGAGGUGUUUGUGAAGUCGUUCGACUUUGCGGGCCUCAUGAUCGAUCAGGCGCUCCGGCUGUACCUGGAAACGUUCCGGUUGCCGGGCGAAGCGCCGCUCAUCUCGCUCGUCAUGGAACACUUUGCCGACCACUGGCACGAAUGCAACAACGAACCGUUCGCCAACACGGACGCAGCGUUUCGGCUGGCGUACGCGGUCAUCAUGUUGAACAUGGACCAGCACAACCACAACGCGAAGCGCCUCAACGUGCCGAUGACGGUGGAAGACUUUCAGCGCAAUCUGCGGGGCCUGAACGGCAAUUCGGACUUUGAUCAGGAGAUGCUUACUAAAAUCUAUCAUUCGAUACGAAACGAAGAGAUUGUCAUGCCGGCUGAGCAGACGGGUCUGGUGCGGGAGAACUACCUGUGGAAGGUACUGUUGCGCCGUGGCACCACCAAGGACGGUAUCUUCCGGCACGUUUUCGGUCCCCAGCACGAUCGCGAGCUGUACCGGGUGAUUCAGGGUUCGACGCUUGCUGCGCUCAGCUUUGUGUUUGACAAAUCGCUCGACAACGUCACACUGUACCAGAAGGCAAUCGGUGGGUUCGUCAAGUCGGCAGCGAUUGCCGCGCACUUUCAGCUCCACGGUGACUUUGAUGCGCUCGUGUUGACGCUGUGCAAGUUCAGCACGCUCCUGGCGCCUCCGCCGAACGAUGCGAACGAAAUCGCGAGCUGCGUAAUGUUUGGCCAGAACUUAAAGGCACAGCUCGCGAUGCGCACGGUGUUUACGCUGAUCCACGAGCACGGUGACUGUAUGCGUGAGGGCUGGCGCCACAUGAUGGAUGUGAUUUUGCAGCUUUUCCGCUUCAAGUUACUACCGAAGGCGCUGAUGGAGGCGGAAGAUUUCUGUGAACCCAGCGGUAGGGUGGUGCUGCUGCGUGAGCAGAACCCACUGCCGAAAACGGACGCGGGUCUGUUUAGCUCGCUCUACUCGUACCUUGCCAACGAUGGGCAACGGCAGCCGACGUACGAGGAGCAGGAGGUGAUCAAGGUGUCACGCAAGUGCACCCGCGAGUGUCAGAUCGAGCAGAUCGUGAACGAGUCAAAGUUCCUGCAGUAUGAGUCACUCGAGGAGCUGAUCGGUUGUCUGCUGGCAAUGAUUGUCCCCCCCGAAGGUCACAAGAAUGCUGCGAGCCAAGCGGGUGCCGGUGGCAUCAGCGCAACCGGCGGCAGUCCGCAGCCCGCGUACGGCGAGUGUACGGUUGUGUUUCUGCUCGAACUGCUCGUGAAAGUGUUGAUACAGAAUCGCGAUCGGCUGCUGCCGGUUUGGGGCCGCGUUCAGGAGAAACUGUACGCCUUGCUGGUCGGUGGAUCGAGCUACGAUUUCAGCUAUCUGCUGCAGCGCACAACCGUUGCCCUGCUCAAGCUGGCCAUCUAUCUGAUGCGCAACGAAGACCUGUGCUCGACGAUCCUGCAGAGCCUGCGGAUGCUACUGGCCCUGCCGCCGGCGGUCAUUCUGGCCAUCUCGAAACCGAUCUCGAUCGGUAUGUACGAGUUGCUGAAAACAAGUGCGCAAAACAUUCACACCGAGGCCGACUGGGUGAUCGUGUUCACCGUGCUGGAGUGUGUAGGGGCUGGUGCCGUACCACCGGAGUACGUUGAUCCGGCGCCUGCCACGGGUCGCUCUCAGGGUUCCACCGGUACCGUGAGUGGCGCCAAAUCGGAUGGUGCACUGAGCAGUGAAGAGGACUCGGGACUACCCGAUCGGGGUUACAUUUCCGACACGGAGCUCAGUUCUUGCGUGACGCUGCCAAUGAAGACACCGGGCGGGCCGUCGGUGGCGUCAACCACGCCACCACCGAUGCCGAGCCCUACGGCGGGUGAUGCUUGGAUACUGGUCAACAAGGACACGAUCGAUCUGGCAUCGGGCAUCGGUUCGGGACCCGGGGGCACCAACGGGGGCUCCGCCCGUGGUCGAUCUCCAUCGCCGUGCCACUCGAUCCAGUAUCGCUGCCAACUGCUCGAACAUUCGGCAUUCGCGCUGGUCAAGUGUUGGGAAAGUUUGGCCUUUAUCGUGCGCAACGUGGCCCACAUUACGCCGUACAAUUUCGAGAGUUGCGUACGCUGCAUCCGGACGUUCGUCGAAGCGUCGAUGGGCUCAUCGCAUCCCCAUCAGCACCAGCACCCGGACCAGCGCAGUUACGGUGGAAAAGUGGCACGACGCAAGACCGCUGGUGGGGCUUUGGAGCGAAAGGAACGGCAGCGGAAGGUGCACGGUGGUGCCGCACCGCCUGGCAGCGGACAGUCCGCAUCGUCCUCGUCGACGGGCGUUGCGGAUAGUAGUGACAGCGAAUCGGACGAACUGCCCGAACGCUACCAAUCGAUCUCGAUCCAGUUGCUCGAUCUGAUGCACACCCUGCACACGCGGACGGCACAAAUCUUUCGCUGGUGGGCCGAGGAAGGUGGUGCGGUGCCCCAGUGUGCAUCACUCUGGUCCCAGGGCUGGUGUCCGUUGCUGCAAGGCAUCGCCCGUCUAGCGACCGACCAUCGGCGACAGGUGCGCACCAGCGCCAUCACCUGCCUGCAACGGGCUCUUCUCGUGCAGGAUCUACAAACGCUGACCGGGCUCGAAUGGGCCGGUUGCUUCAAGCAGGUUCUGUUUCCGCUACUGCAAGAGCUGCUUCAGGAGAAAGCCAGUGGCCCGCAGGAGAUUGGGUUGCUGGAAGAAUCACGCAUCCGCACGGCCACCAUCAUGUCGAAGGUGUUUCUGCAUCAUCUGACGCCCCUCAUUGCGCUGCCAAACUUCCAGGAACUGUGGCUUGAGAUAUUGGACUACUUCGAGCGCUUCAUGACGGCCGGUUCCGACAUGCUGUACGAAGCGGUGCUGGAAAGUCUGAAAAAUAUGCUGCUCGUGAUGCACUCGGUUUGCGUCUUUCACAACACCGACGGCUUGACGCAUUCGAUGCUGUGGGACGUUACCUGGCAGCGGAUAUCCAGCUUUUUGCCUAACCUCAAGGAUGAGCUGUUCAAACAGGAAGCCGUCCGUGCUUCGGUUACCGUCGCUGCUGCUGGAGAAAUGGUGCCUGGCAGCUCUCAAUCCACUCCGAUUCCACCGGUGGCCAGCGAUCAUGCAGCCGAAGGAAGCAACACCGUGGCCAGCCCUCCGCUUGUUAUGCUCCACCCUGCGCCGGUGCCGCCACCGGAAAGUGCAGCGCGACAUCAUUCACCACCAUCGUCUGCCUUUGUUGCCGGUCAGCCAACGUCAGCUGUGAACGUUGGUCCGACGGCCGAAAUCCAUCGCACGCCCGUCCGAUCUUUGGCCCCGAACAAUCUCCUGAUGAGCAGCACGGCCACGGCCGACUUUGGUGGGCUGCCAAUGAUGAUGUUACCGCCCGUUGCUACACUUCCGGCGGCACCCACUUCGGUGCCGGUCAGUGGCAGAAUCGAUUCUGCAACGCCACCCUCAACAACAAGUGACCAGAGACCUCAGAGGUCGACCGUUUCGAACGUUAUUGAACUGCCGGAAGUGACCGUUUUACCAUGUACGCCAUCACGCGUCGCGGUAGCCGACGGUGCUCCAACGGUACCGGUUCCCCUCAGUCACCGACUGGCGGGCUCCCAGUAUCCAUCCCUGCAGCACGUCCCCGUGGGUAUUGCGCAAAGUUUUGCACCCAUCUUUGUGCAACCGAACCGGCCGGGGGAGCAAAUUUGUUCGGACAUUUACUCCGACUACGCGAACGAUCCGUACAAUCUGACACUGCAAUUUGAGCACGGUUCCUCCGGAGGCAAUGUGUCGGCGGUGCCCGUAACGGGAACGGAGGAAGUGAAACCGACAACAACGGGCACGUCGACGAUAGCGACGGUAGGCGGACAGACGAUGGCCACCGAGUUACAGAACGUGUUUCAAUCGGCUCAAUACUUUAGCUUCCCGUCCUCGGGCCACAUACCGCCCGGGUCGGAGAUGCUGUUUGGAGAACCGUAGGGCACGGAGCGAGACAAGCUGUUGCGACCUUCCAGAAGCCAGGGAAGGACAUUCCAAACUGCUUCUCAAAUCGAGUGUUGAUUAUAUCGCUAUGUUGCAAUUUAGCACUGAAAUGGCGCUAGGAACGUUUUUGUGUAGAGUGAAACGAUCUUGAACGAUCUUACGUUCGAAAACGAACUGCAAACAGCUGUAAAUGCUAGGGGGCUUACGCAGCCAGCACUGUUGUGAGUUUUUAAAGCAAAAUUUAUUGUAUUUAUUAGUGAAUGUCUGAUCGAUUCGAAGCGAUACGGAAACGGUGACCACGGUUGUUUGUUGAUCAAUUUUAAUUCCACUACUCGUUACUUUACCUGCGUUAGUUUAGCUAUUAAAACAUACCCGAUUCAAACACAGAGAGACGAGACGAAUUAGGCACACGGGGACCCUACUAUCGCUCUUCUUUUUAUUCUUCACCACCUUUGCGUAUUACUUUGGGAACGGUUCCCUCGUAUCGUAAAAUCGAGUCCAGAGCCCCGCCGGGACGCCGGGCGCAUCCGAUGUCCGUUAGCAAAAUGAGAGCAGAGUAUUGAGAAAAAAUAAAUAAACAUAUAUUAUGGUCUAU